AAUUAAUGAAUGCGUAGCUGCAGGCCACCGUGCCACCUCCCUCCUGUUUGGAUGUCUUGGGGCCUUUGUUCCACGCCACGAAUCACACACUUCCUCCAUGCAAAACGAGAAGACACCCUACAAUCCCCAAGUCCCAACCAAUUUCUCCAUUGGGCAUUUCGUCGAACACGUAAUAGGACUCAUAUUAGGCAGCAAAGCAAACCAAAUCCUCGCGAUUUCCUGCAACCUUCGUAAAACAACUCAAUUCAACGGUGUUUAACAAUCUUAUACCAUCUCCGUAUGUACGAUUGAAAGUAAUAAUUCGGGAACGGCGAGCUCGUCUCCGAGGCAGCGGUUGUCGGCGUCGAUGAGUGCAUCAUCAUCAUCAUCAAGUGAGAUUAAUUUUCAAAAUUCUUCGUCAAUUCAAACGAAUUCGAUGGCUUCUCCUUCGAAUUUCAAUAUGGGUUUCUCGGAAAGGGCGUUAUCAGCAGCCGGGGCCGCGUUUUUGUCCGCCAUCAUAGUCAACCCCCUCGAUGUCGCCAAGACAAGGUUGCAAGCUCAGGCUGCUGGUGUUCCUUUUCAGAAUCUUAGCCACACAUGCUCCUUCGGUACUAAUACGAUGUUACCAGAUACAAGAUGUUUUCCUUCAUGCUACCGAUCAAUUCUUGGUGAACCAUCAUGUUCUCCAUAUAAAGGCACUCUAGAUGUCUUCUACAAAGUUAUACGCCAGGAAGGAUUUGGCAGACUUUGGAGGGGUACAACUGCAAGUUUAGCAUUAUCUGUCCCCACAGUGGGCAUCUACUUACCUUGUUAUGACAUUUUGUGCAAUUUUAUGGAAGAAUAUUCAUCACAAAAUGUAGCAAGCAUGACUCCUUAUGUCCCACUAGUUGCGGGUUCUGUUGCUCGUUCACUUGCUUGUAUUACUUGUUAUCCUAUUGAACUUGCAAGAACCCGUAUGCAGGCGUUUAAAGAUACCCGUCAUGGUAAAAAGCCUCCAGGCGUGUUGAAAACACUCGAUGGGGUAAUAUCCACAAACAGAACCACGGGUACCCUUGGAAGCUCAUUACGUAAGUUUAGAUUCUUGUGGACUGGGCUUGGGGCCCAAUUAGCACGUGAUGUUCCAUUUUCUGCAAUUUGUUGGGCUACUCUUGAACCUGUGAGGAGACAAAUAUUUGCCAUGUCAGCAGGUGACGUGUCAAGUCCUGUGACUGUUGUUGGUGCAAAUUUUUGUGGUGGGUUUGUUGCAGGAUGCCUUGCUGGCGCAUGUACAUGUCCUUUAGACGUUGCCAAAACCCGGCGUCAAAUAGAGAAAGAUCAAAUACGAGCGAUGAAAAUGACCACAAGGCAAACAUUGAUUGAAAUAUGGAGAGAUGGAGGAAUGAAGGGACUAUUCAUGGGAGUUGGGCCACGUGUUGCACGUGCAGGCCCAUCAGUGGGUAUUGUAGUAUCCUUUUAUGAAGUUGUUAAAUCCAGAUAUACACAACAACACGAUGAUCCAAUCAUUAAAAGAUAUGAUUAUCAAGCGAAAACAGAGAAAGAAUAUGAAUGUUUACCAUUGCUUGAAGGAGCCGACACCGGUGACAGCAAUCGAGCUCCGGCGAAUGAUGGAAAUCCGGCUACUGACAUGGCGAGCAUUGCUGCGAUUAGAAAGCCCCUAGUUGCACCCAUUGUUGGAAUAGAAGUUACGACUGAUUCUUUUUCACAGACCGGUGAAAAUUUAACUCCAUGUGCUAGGGACAAGUCAACUGCAACAAGUCCUAUAAAAUUCAUUUCUACACCAAUUGAGUUGAAAAGAAACCUUGCUACAUGCAUAGAUAUUGAUGAAAUGGAGAAUUUUUCUACUUCUAAAAAUCCUAGACUGUCACCACCAGAUGAACAACCAACUCCUCUUUUGGUACCCAAGAAAGAAAAGUAA